GUCGGGUCGCAUUGGUGUAUGCAUUUUUUGGCGCCCUGGUGCUAUGGUGCUGUGUUUUUGUGUGCUUGCUGGAUGCAGCCAAGUGGCCCAGCACGACGGGAGAACCGAGCCGGGCAUUUUACUGCGAUAGAUAUUACUCUUGACUCUGCCGCCUAAUACUUCUGGGUAUGUCUCUCGGUUCUGUCCCUUUUUCUUCCCGUCUUAUACAUCAACCAUCUUCUCGCUUGAAUAACUCUGAAGACCUUGCUUGGCUUCUUUAACCUUCAAAGAAGAGAAACGGUUCCCGGGACAGAUUUUACUUUUCCAUUUGACAAGUUCAUUGUCAAGACAUACAUCAGCCGCAGGCCUUGUUAGAUUUCUCAGAUUUUCGUUGGACAAGGAGGGGCCGACAGGUCAGCUUCGCUUCAGCAAGGCAAUUACAGAAGGCCUCACAUCCGGCCAACGUCAAGUGGCUUAGAGCCGACGAAGCAAAAAUAUAUAAAAUUCACACAACAAACAUGCUGCCAUCAACAAUACUCGUGCUCGCCAGCGCUGCGCUGAGCACAGCCCACACAGUCAUCACCUACCCAGGCUGGCGCGGCGACAACCUUGUCACCAACGAGACCUACCCCUAUGGAAUGCAAUGGAUCUACCCGUGCGGCGGUAUCAACUUGACGCAAAACAGGACUUACUGGUCCACCAAGGGCGGCGCCGUUGCACUCCAGCCCGGUUGGUUCCAGGGUCACCAGACGGCGACGUUGUACGUCAAUCUCGGAAUCGGCAACAAGGGGCCCGAUGGUGGACCACUCAACAUGUCGCUGUCGAUGGUGCCUGCCUUUGGCAUCUCUGGCCCGAGCAAGAACCCCUACCCAGGCACAAUCUGUCUACCACAAGUUUCGCUGCCGCAAGGCUACACGCCUGAGGUGGGAGAGAACGCCACGAUCCAAGUUGUCGAGCUUGCCGUGCACGGUGCUGCUUUGUUCUCGUGUGUCGACAUUACCUUUGUAGAACCCGACGACGAGCGCCUCGAAAAGGUGCACGCAGACAACUGCUUCAACAGCACCGACAUUGGCUUCACUGAUAUCUACACAACCAAGGUGGCCAACACGAACAUCACCUCGACAUCAGCUGCCGCCGCCAGCUUACGGCAACCUGGAGGCCUGGCAUGGUAUGCUGGCUGGAUUCCCAUGGUUGGUCUUGGUGCAUGGGCAUUGCUGUAAAUGAAGGACUGGUUUUGUUUCUUUACCUUUCAAAAUGUUUACUGUUAUUAUGUUGUAUACCACCGAUUCUCACCAUAUACAUGCUGAGGUCAUUCAUUAAUGGGGGCGUUAUGGUGUGGCAAUAUUUUCUUGUCAAUUGGGAUAAACCAAGUUAGUACCUUUUCGCAGGGGCAAAAUUUAUCAUGGUCACCAACGAGUUUCUGCAACCGUCCGAUAUUCUGAUGUUUUGCAUGCCAUUCUAUACAAUAUGCUUCAAAGUAUCC